CGACGUAAGCGAUGGAUGUCCACAAAUCACUAGGUACGGUACAGAGUAUAGGUCAUGUUGUGAGAAAAUAGCAAAAACGGCAAUAUAUUCUCAAAAAUGAAUUCGUACUAUCCAGCAUCGUUUUUUGCACAGUACUCUUCGGAAAAUUCACAUAUUCCUCACAAUGUUGGUUACUCAUCAAACAAUUUUGGAUUACUAGCAUCACGUUUUGCCGAUCAAAUUUCGGCAUAUCACAACAGUAGUUUCGAUCCUCAUCGUGCCACUCUUCCUAAUGGAUACUCACCUCACCACCAAUCCACGGACGGUUCCCAUUACCCGUCCCGGGACGGAUCGGGUGGGGGAACAGGGUCAGGCGGUGGAGGGGGAGCGACGGAACAACCUGGGCACGGAGUAGGACACGGCCACGGGACAACACCCCCGGGCGGAGGGCGGAUACCGCCCUACCCUCAACCAGCCCCGGCACACCAGGGCUCUGAGGACUCGUCUUUGCAUAGGUCGUACAGUUCGUGUAGUACAGACAAUUGGAGUCCCCCUCCGCACGGGGGGAUACAGAGCAGCUCUCCGGACUCCGUACAUAAUAACCAGACACAUAGUCCCUACUCUGGCCUGGACGCUCCCACCAACUGUCAGUCUAUGUUGCUACAAAAACACAUGAAGUCGGACCAAGGCAUAAAUUCGGGAUCUGAAGCAAGCCCCUCAACGCCUUUUUACCCCUGGAUGGGGAUUGUUGGUCCCAAUUCUGCUCAUAGAAGGAGAGGACGUCAAACAUACAGUCGAUACCAAACGCUCGAACUGGAGAAAGAGUUUCAAUUCAACCAUUACCUUACACGAAAAAGGCGCAUAGAGGUCGCCCACUCAUUAUGUCUUACAGAGAGACAAAUCAAGAUCUGGUUUCAAAACAGACGCAUGAAAUUAAAAAAGGAAAAAAUGGCUAUUAAAGAACUAAAUGAAGGCAUCCCGUGCGAUUUGGACACGAAAAAAUCAGACUUUAAGGAGACAGAAGAAAAAAGCGACGGGAUAGCUAGUGAUGAUUCCCCAUAAUCCUUGUUAACUAAAGCGAGAAUCUUCGGCAACGAGAAUUAUUAUACAAAUACUAUUUGUCAUAUUUCCUUUGCGCCAGGAGCGUAAAACACGGGUUUUGAAUCAUCGUCAACUCUUGCCGAGUACAUGAUCUGCAUUCUUUUUCGUCAUGAACAUGUUGUGCGUUGUUUAAUUUAUUCUAAGAAGAAUGUACGAGUGUGUAUCGUGUCUGUAAGAUUAUGACGACUGAUCGGACUCGAUAUAUAUGAGAAUGUGCCAUAUUGUAGACCAUCUGAUACAUUAUUUCGUUAAACUGAUCUUUCUUUCUAACUGAGACAUACAUACUAUUUGAUAUGUAUAUAUAUGUCGUCUCUGGCUGUAUGUACGGUUGGAUAUAACUCGGUCAUGUAUAUAAUGGCCAACUCGCGGGUUCGGACAAGUGUAAUUUACUGCUUCGCGAGUUCCCAUCAUGAUAAGUAUGUAUUUGUGUUAUAUGGGGGUCAUUGAGUACAGUUCAGUCUUUUUUAUGGAUAUUGAAAUUUGAGAGGCUACUACAUUUCAUAAAAUUACUGCCGGAAAUCGAUAACCGACUUAUACAAAGAAACAUGAAUAUAAAUUUUAAUACAUACGAAUAUGAUAUAAAUUGUAAAUAUGUAAACAACAUGGCCAAAUUGUUAGAUAUGUGCAAUGUCGUUUAUUGCUAGCAAGUGUCUUGAUGACACUACUACACAUUGGGUGCGCCUAGUAUUGUCUAUACAUAUCCCGUGUUGUCCCUGGUACUCAAGGUUGAGAACUGCUGAAACCUAGCAACCGUGCUGAAUCUUAGGGUGUGUCCUGGCUGAUUGGUCCGCGACCUCAUGGCAGCAACAAUAAAUAUGUCAAAUUCGCGGGCAAAGAUAACCUGAAAUUGCUUCAAAAUGACUCGGUAUCUCUGAUGAGAUUAUGUGCAUGCCAUAUUGCACUCUAACGUCUAUACUUCGUUCCAGGAAGAUUUUUUAUAGAUUCUGUAACGCAAAAGAUAUAAAACGAUCAGAAGUUGUCAAAUAAUAAUACACUAUUUUCUCAUGAUAUAAUAUAAUGUAAAAUACACAUCUAGGGUAAAAAAAGUACUAAAUAUCAUUGAUGGAAAAGUACACAUCAAUUUAUGUGUAAUGCAUUUCUUGUUAACGGUUUGUAUUGAACCGGGAAAAACGUGUAUAAUUAUAGAAGAAUAAGAAAAGAAAGCUUUGGCAGGGAAUAUUUCCAAUUCAAAUGUGUUUUUAUAAAACGAAUAUUAUCGCUUUUGUAAUUGUAUAGGACCGAUAAUCGAUUUACUUUGAUAUUCAUGUACAAUAUAAAUAAGUUCUUCUUGUGAGUAAUUGUUAUCCGAUAUCCGAUUUGAACAUGCAAACGUAGACAAUCUAGUGUGAGAAAUGACCCUGACAUGCCAUAUCGCUAUACACGAACAUAAUAUUCCUGAUGGUGUUGUUCGUGAAUCGUGUUGACUUUUCGAUAUAAAGGGUAAAAUGUAUGUUUUUAGCAAUUUGUAUACCAGACAUAGAUAUGUGUUAGUAUGUAAAUAAAUAUGUGUAUUAUAAAUGACGUAAGGGUAAUGUUAGCAUUUUCACAGGUUCUUCAGAUUCAUGUUUCGUCAUCUGUAUUUGUUACUAUAUUUUAAAAUAUAAUUUUACAUAAUUUCUAUUGUUAUAACGUAAUCACACACUGAGCAUAAUUGAUAUUAUCACAUUUAUUUUACCUUAUUCGAUCACUGUGUUUCAAAUAAAAUCUAUGUUUUUGUAAUGAUUUUUUUAUUAGACUAUGAAAGAUAAUUUGCAUUUCAUAAUGGAAUAUUAGGUAAAUAGAUUUACAUUUGUGUAGCUAUAUUUUUCGGAUUUCUUCAUGUUUCAACGUUUUCAAUGACCCAUGAGAAUUUUGACCUUUGACAUUCCUAUAGCAUAAUCCCUGCCCAAUGAAAACGCAUUAUGCACAUCCAUUCUAUGCUUCAAUUACAACAAAAGUGGUAAUUUAGUAUAUAUUUUUUCUUCUGUAACUUUUACAGCAAUUCUGCAUUCAAAUCUUUCUUUUUACACACCUCAGAUGUAAUCUAUGUAUAUGAGAUAUUUUAUUUUCUACUUAUUGACUAUAGCUUUGCGUAUUCCUAGAAUACAUCACUUUGUAUGUCUAUCUCUUAAGUGCUGAACUGUAUAUUUGUCCUGUAUUGUGUGCGAGAGAUGUUAGAGAAAGUGAGAGAUAUGAAUCAACCAUAGAUAUUAUUAGCGGAAAUACGUUUUUAAAAACGAAAAUAUCCAUAUAUAUGUAGUAUAUAUAAAAGUAAUCUAUGUAAUUAGUUUGUUGUUAAAAAUCACCUUUGCGUAUUAUUGAAUUCUGAAUAUUCAAAUCUUGCAAUCUCCCCUUUUUGUCUCAUGACAAGUUGUAUUUCAUGGUUUGUCUUCCUCCUUUUCGCUUUGGCUGUGGUUGUUGAGUGUACGUCACGGUGUCAUAUUGUCUUAUAGAUUUGUAAUAUUGUAGUGACGUCAUAUAUGACGUCAUUGAUACCAUUUCGAAUGAAGUCACAUGCUCAUUACACUAUGAAUGAAUCCUCAGUUACGUGCAUACCAAAAACGAGAUAUAGUAAGCGUGUAUUUUGUUUGUUAAACUACAAGAAACAGGUUUAAAGAUAUUUUAAAUCAACUGCCGUAUUGAUAGGUGCAUUUAAAAGAGAAAUGAUUUAAUUAGAAUCUAUUUUCCUUGUUGACUAUAAUUUGCUGUAUGAAAUAAAAAUGACAAAUACUUCA